AUGCUGGAAAAGCCACAAGAAGAAGAAGAAGCCAACAAGGCAUUGCAAUUGCAAGCACAGAAAACAAAAGAUGACGAACCUCCCAACGGCGGCUACGGCUGGAUCUGCGUGGCUGCCAUCGCCACCCUAAACGGACAUACCUGGGGCCUCAACUCGUCCUACGGCGUCUUCCUCGCCCACUACCUCUCGCACAAUGUCUUCCCCGGCGCCACGCCCUUGCAAUACGCCUUCGUUGGUGGCCUCUCCAUUUCACAGGCUCUCAUCGUUUCCCCCGUUGCCACCUUAACUACACGCUGCUUCGGCACACGAACCACUUUACUCAUAGGUGUGGCGUUGGAAACGGCCUCGUUUAUCGGCGCGAGCUUCGCGUCGCGGAUCUGGCAUUUGUUCCUCACGCAGGGGAUUUGCUUUGGGUGGGGGAUUGGGUUUCUAUUUGUUGGGUCCGUGGGGAUUACGCCGCAGUGGUUUACUACGCGGAGGUCGCUUGCGAAUGGGUGUUCUGCGGCGGGAUCUGGACUUGGUGGUUUGGUGUACUCGCUUGCUGCCCAGUCGAUGAUUCGGAGGAUAGGCUUGCCUUGGGCGUUUCGUACGCUGGGACUUGUGGCGUUUGUGGCGAAUACGGUUUGUGCUUUGUUGAUUCGCGAUCGGAACAAAGCGAUUGGGAGUCGGCAGAUUGGGUUUGAUUAUCGGCUUUUCCGCAAGGCGCAGUUUGGCGGGUUGUUGGGAUUUGGGUUUUUGUCGAUGCUGGGGUAUGUAGUGCUGUUGUUUUCGCUGCCGAAUUAUGCGAGGACGGUGGGGUUGAGUGCGCAGCAGGGAAGUGUUAUUGGGGCUAUAUUCAACUUGGGGCAGGCGAUUGGGAGACCACCGAUUGGGUAUUUUUCGGAUUCCAUUGGGAGAUUGAAUAUGGCGAGUAGCAUGACGUUUCUGAGUGGGCUGUUUUGUCUGGUCAUAUUGAUGUUUGCAAAGAGCUUUGGUGUACUCGUCUUUUACAGUCUGGUGGGUGGAAUGGUAGCGGGGACAUAUUGGGCUGUGGCUGGUCCUAUCACGACGGAAGUUAUGGGUUUGAAGGAUCUGCCGAGUGCGUUGAGUAUCACUUGGUUGGUACUGGUCUUGCCUACUACCUUCUCUGAAGCCAUUGGCCUGGAAAUUGUCAAGUUCAAUGGUGGCUCUUAUACCGGUGCCAUCAUGUUUACUGGGUGGAUGUAUAUCGGUGCGGCCGUCUUCUUGUGGCUGGUGCGAGCGUGGAAGAUUGGCGAGGACGAAGAGCUGGCGGCUGGGGCUGAGAAGAAUGAUGAUGGCUCUGCAGCUGGCGUCGGGACUGCGAAUGGAAAAAGUCCUUUUAUGACGAGGAUGUUCAUGAUUAAGAAGGCCUGA